AUGCCUCCAAUUUCUUUCCGAUCAUCUGGUUUGUGAAAAAAAGUUCAAAACAAAAUGGUUUGGACGUGUGCCAUUUAAUUCUGACCGCCUCUUUUUUCUCCACAAUCAAGAUAAUUGAAAUUGCACAUUAAAUCCUCAUAAUUUAUCGUAGUCAAGAUAAAUUAUAUAAUGUAGGGCAACAUGAAGUUGAAAAAUUACGCGUAAAUCCUCCCUAAAAGCAAGGACGAGGUAAAUAUUUCGACAAGCAAUUAAACAAUCAAUUCUACACCAUCAUGCCUCCAGAAACUCGGCGCCGUCGCCAUUCUUCAUCCCCCGUGUCGACAUCGGCCGACGUUCUAAACAUUUUGGAGUGCUGCAUCUGCCUGGAGACGUGUUCGAUACCAAUUAUUCAAUGUACGAACGGUCACAACGUUUGCGCCGUCCAUGUCGCCGAUCAUUUCGACACAAUGGACUGUUGUCCUACGUGCCGACCCUCCUACUCCCUUGGCAUGGGGAGGAAUCGCCUCGCAGAAAAGCUUAUCGAGGAAAACAGCAAGAAACGAAAACUGAACCCGGAUUUGCCAACGAGGGAUCCUGACUCGAUUUUAGAAACCAUUAAAAAGCACAAUGCUGCUCAAAUGCUGCGUCUUCGUCGUGGGCCCACAUCCACCCCCACUACCAACCACCAGCAGAAUGAUAACAACACUGCGAUCUGGCACGAUGAUGAAGACGCGUGGGAACGUGCAACCCUUGUUGGGGGUCCAGACUAUUGGGGCGACGAUGGCAGGGAUGACGACUGGUAUGGGGCUGGUGACGACGACGACUGGGGCGAUGAUGGCGACGACAACAUCGAAGAAGACGACGUCUUCGGCGACGCCGACGCCGCCAGUGUUGCGUCGACCAAUUACCAGGAUGAAGAUGAUGAGUAUUUUCAUGAUGCAGAGAACGAAGGAGACGCGCCUGCUGAUUUCGAAGGGGAAGGGUCAGAUGAUGACCAAGAAGCCUGGGGUGGCGAAGACUGGUCCCGGUCCGUUGGGGGUGACGAAGAUGAUCAAGUGUGGGAUGAUGCUGAUAAUUGGGUCGCUGGAUAUACUCACUGGGAGAAUGAUUGGGGGGAUGAAUGAGGCAGAGGAAGUUUACAAGUUGUCAACUUUGUAAAUUUUAUAAUACUUAUGAAAUAUUACAUGUAUGUUGAACAUGGAUGUCUAAAUUGUAGCUAAAAAUAUUAUAUCUGGGUCAUUUUAGAUGAGGUCAAAUAAAAUAUAUUAAUUUUUGCGCA